AUGGAUCUGGUCGCGGGUGUCCGCAAGGAAGGCAGCCGUGGCGGCCGCAACGAGUUCAAAUGGUCCGAUGUCAAGGACUCCACCCACCGCGAGAACUACCUGGGCCACUCUUUGAUGGCCCCCGUCGGGCGGUGGCAGCAGGGUCGCGACCUACAGUGGUACGCCAAGGGCGAUGUAGACGACGAAGAAGAACGUCUCCGAAAGGAGCGCGAGGAGCGCCAGCAGGUCAAGAACGCCGAGGAGGAGGCGAUGGCGCGCGCGUUGGGGCUCCCACUGCCUCCGACGGCUGAGGGGGGUAAUGCGAAUAUGGUGCCGCUGGGCGGACCGUCCAAAGAGGGAGGAGGAGAACCGUCAGAAGAGCGGACAAGACAUCGCAGCACCGGAGGCAUCGCGAUGAGAAUGCGGACCGGCACCACCGUAGUCGGAGGCAUCGAUCGACGUCGAGAUCGAGGUCUCGUGGCAGAGAUACAGAUCGACACCGGCGGCGAUCUCGCUCACGGUCUAGGAGUCCCCAUGCCAGGAAAGAAGAUCACAGAAGCCGCCGGAUGGACCGCUCUUACUCGCCUGGUGAACGCCGUCGUCAGCGCCAUGAACGAAGGGAGCACCGAGAGGAUGUCGACCGCCGGCGUUAAUUCGCAUCCAUUAUUACGAUUAUUGCAACGAAAUUGCUCGGAACGUCAUGCCACGGUUUAA